UGUUGCUGCGUAAAAUUAUAAGAAAAAUGUUUCAAAAGAACCUUAAAAGAAAAAAUUAUUGAGUGCUUCUUCCAAUAUUCAUUCUUGUAUCAGAGAUAUUUUGUUUUAUUUCAUCCCACUUUUGGGUAAGGGGUUUGACUCCUUUCAUCCCUCCCUACAGUUGUUGCCCAUUUUGAGUUGGAAUAUGGUUACAGGCCAAGGUUUCUGUGGUGUGGACUUGCUCAACUUCUGUUUUGCUUAGAGGGGAGUCGAAAAUUGAUCUUCAUAUUUGCCUAGUUUCUACUUCAGAUCUCGGAUGGAUGAUAGUGGACAUCGCGAAAAUGGAAGGAAUAAACCACCUCAGGGUCAGUGGUUUAUGCAGCAUCAACCAUCGAUGAAACAGAUAAUGGGCAUUAUGGCUGAAAGGGAUGCUGCAAUCCAAGAAAGAAAUUUGGCCCUUUCUGAAAAAAAGGCUGCUCUAGCCGAGCGAGAUGUGGCUAUCCUGCAGCGAGAUUCUGCAAUGGUGGAACGUAAUAAUGCCAUAAUGGAGCGAGACAACGCUAUUGCUACUCUUCAAUAUCGUGAAAACGCCAUGAAUAAUGGUAAUGUGUCACAAUGUCCAUCCGGAUGCCAAAUUUCAAGUGGGAUGAAACACAUAACCCAUCUUCAGCAGCACACACACCAUCAGUCCCAAAUGGGUGAAGCUCCAUAUGAUACCGGGGAUACCCACAUGAAUGAUACCACUCCAUUGUCCCCGACAGCUCCCGAGCCUACAAAGUCCCGUCGUACAAAACGUGCAAAUGAGGCAAAGGCAGUAACAUCUACAAGGAAGAGUACAAAAUCAUCAAAGAAAGUGAAACAGGAAAGUGAGGACGCUGACAGAACAUUGUUUCAAAAGUCACAAGAAGGUAAAAGUGGACCCGAUAUUGGUGUCAGCAGUGACGAACACAAUAGGCAACUCGGAGAGGAAAAGCCAGAUUGGAAGGAUCAGGACCUUGGACUGAACCAGGUUGCAUUUGACGAGUCGACCAUGCCAGUACCCGUCUGCUCUUGCACUGGAGUUUUCAGGCCAUGCUACAAAUGGGGUAAUGGAGGUUGGCAAUCUUCGUGUUGCACGACGAAUUUGUCAAUGUAUCCACUGCCAGCAGUGCCUAACAAGCGACAUGCUCGAGUUGGUGGUCGGAAAAUGAGUGGAAGUGCAUUUAACAAGCUGCUUAGCCGCCUUGCUGCAGAAGGUCACGAUCUCUCAAAUCCAGUUGAUCUUAAGGACCAUUGGGCAAAGCAUGGGACAAACCGCUAUAUCACCAUCAAAUAAGUAGCAGAGUAUAACGGGCCUGCACGAGAGUAAUUAUAAGAAAAUACCUAUGCCCGAUUCUUGAAGUAUGUUCAGUGUUUACAAUGGAAUGAAGGAUUCAAUUGAUUGCCAGGUUAAUGUUCAUCCUUUUCCAUUUAUAAUGCAUAAAUAUCGAUUGACCCGCAAAAUAAAUGCAUUGUGGGUUUGACAGUGGUGAAUAGAUGGCGAACUUGUAUCCUUUAUGCAUGUAUCUGGAGAUAUAGUUAUCACGAAUGGAAUUCAUCCAUGUUUGGCAUCUUCUUGUGUCUGUAAUCUGUACUGAGUUUAAAUAAAGAAAUUAAACUCUGUUUCACAUU